AUGUCUUCAGGUGAGGACGGUCUGAUUGGAAUCCCCUUCCCAGAGCAUAGCAACGAGCUGCUCUCCCACCUCAAUGACCAAAGGCGCUCGGGGCUCUUGUGCGACCUCACUCUGACCUCUCGUGGGGCACGCUACCCGACCCACCGCGCCGUCAUGGCCGCCGUCAGUCUAUAUUUCCGCCGGCUCUUCGGGGCAGAGGAAGGUGGCUGUGGUGAGGGUGGCGGAGGUUUCAGUGUGUGCCAGUUGGACUGCGUGGCGCCCGACGCCCUGGAUGCCCUGCUGGAAUUUGCAUACACAGCCACUCUGACCAUCCCCUGUUCUGGAAUGAGGGACGUCCUGCGGGGUGCUCAACUUCUUGGCAUCCAGUGUGUGGCGGAUGCCUGCAGGGAUAUCCUGGGGGAGAAGGCUGAGCAGGAUGACGAAAAGGAGCCCGGAGACCAGCGCGCAGCGGCCGUUCAGCGGUCUGAAGGAGAGAAUGAAUCCCGCAGAAAAAUGGACCGAAAGAAGUUGAAAAAAGUUGGCCCACAUCACAUCAACUCAUUGUUGAACCCACCGCCCGCUUCUCCAGUCUCGUACCCUUCGCCUCUAUCGGAGAGCUUGCGCUUGCGGACCCCAGCCCAGCCCCCCAGCCCGGAAUCAGAGGAGCCCUUCUUCAGGGGGUGGCAAAACGGCAAUCCAGGAGCAGUCAGAGUACCGGAAAGGAGCCCCACGCUAACUGGAGGCCACCUACAUUGGAUGCCCCAACGCCCCCCACCUCCGGCCGUGCCCCCAGAGGACAAACUGUCCGAGGAAGAAGACAUGGAGGCCUUUGGCAAUGAAGGCACGCUGAUGGAAAGCACCUCCACCACUUCUCCUGCGACCGAGCGAGCAGAAGGCGCGGGGGCGGCCUCGGCGACAAUAACGACAGGGGUCGGCAGGAGGAGAAAGUCGCAAAUGCCUCAGCAGUGUCCAGUCUGUCAGAAGAUCAUCCACGGAGCAGGAAAACUGCCGCGACAUAUGAGGACACACACCGGAGAGAAACCCUUCCAAUGCACUGCCUGCGGGGUUCGCUUCACCAGGAAUGACAAAUUGAAGAUCCACAUGAGAAAGCACACGGGCGAGCGGCCCUACUCCUGUCCGCACUGCACCGCCCGCUUCUUGCACUCGUACGACCUGAAGAACCACUUGUCCUUGCACAGCGGCGCGCGGCCCUUCGAGUGCCAGCUCUGCCACAAAGCCUUCGCCCGGGAGGACCAUCUCCAGCGCCACCGCAAGGGACACAGCUGCCUGGAGCUGCGCAUGCGGCGGCCCAGAGCAGAAACCGACGAGCAAGAAGAGGCAGACAUAAACGGAGGUGAGCGCAUUGAUUCCCUGGAGCCUCCGCGGGCCCACUCCUCUUCGCUCCUGCGGCCCACCAUGCUUGAAGGCGGGAUGUUCCAAGCAGACAUCGACAGGGAGCGCUCACUUGCCUUGCAGGCUCUCGCGCAGCUCAGCCCGCAGCAGUUUGCCAACUACCACGCCCUCUAUCUACGAGGUAUGGAAAUGCGAGGGAGCGGGGAAGGUGAGACAAAAGACUCAGGGGGAGUCAACAUGCAGCGUCACAGCUGGCCACCGGUGGCGGGGGAGAAGAUUGGUGAGGUGGAGGAAGAAUAG